AUGGUAGGGGAGGGGGUCUACCAUAGCUGCGGCUGUCAGAGCGUUUACAAAAACGCUACGAAAACCCUAUGUGGGAGAGAUGUCAGUACUUGGAAAGGGAGAUCGAGCUAUAAGACAAAGUUCUAUACUCAGGAAACUUGGUGGAACAUGAGAGAUUCCUCGGCUCAAGUUAACUGGACUCGAUGUGUUUGGUUUCCUAUGGUUACUCCAAGAUUUGCGUUCAUAGCCUGGCUUGCGUUGCAAAAUAGACUCUCGACAAUGGAUAGGAUCUCAAAUUGGUGUCAAGCUGAUACCACUUGUGUUCUUUGCAAAAAGGAGGUGCAGUCUCGGAACCAUUUAUUUUUCAAAUGCUCUUAUUCUGCUCAUCUUUGGAGUUAUCUUACUGGAGGCAUGUUGGGGGUUCAUUAUUCGGAGGAUUGGUCAUCGAUUAUCACACUUAUAACAGGAGGUUCUCUUGAUAGAAGGAAGCUUUAUUGUGUCAGAUAUGCUUUUCAUGCAGCUGUUUAUGCGAUUUGGAGGGAGAGAAAUGGAGUGAAGCAUGGGGAGAAGGUUUUAGCAAUGUCUGUUCUAAAGAAGCUUACAGAGAAGGGAGUAAGAAACAAGCUCGGUCUAGUGGACAAGAAGGGUAGGAGGGGGAUGGAGAACGUUCUCCAGUUCUGGUUUCAAAUGAGAGGUUAA